AUGCCUCUGGGCCUCUUCGGCUCUUCUUCAAAACCACAACCCUUGACCAGCCUUGACAGUGGUGGAUAUAAGGAGAAGAAGGAAGGCCUCGAGAAGGAUGGACGUGGAACAGUGCUACGUUUGGAGAACACCACUGUAACUAUUGAAAAGAAACUUGCCGAAGGAGGAUUUGCGAUCGUCUAUCUGGUUACGGAUAAAAAUAAUCGGAAAUAUGCCCUAAAGCGUCAGUUCAUUAACGACGACAACAAGCAAGUUGAUGCAUGUCGGAGGGAGUUCCAAAUCAUUAGCAGUUUAAAAGGACACAAAAAUAUAGUCAGCUAUGUGGAUCAUAUUCUAACAAAGAAUAAAUCCGGCAUCUACGAUUAUAUGCUCUUAACGGCUUACUACAGAACGAGUGUCUUACAACUGAUGAAUGAUCGCCUUCUCCUUGGGCAGAGUCUUCGCAGCAGCGAAGUUCUUUCCAUCUUUUGCGAUAUGUGUGAAGCUGUUGCAAGGCUGCAUCAUUCUGUAACGCCGAUAAUUCAUCGCGAUUUAAAGGUUGAGAACAUCCUUGUGGAUGAACGGAACCGUGCAGCGCCUCCAAUUUACGUUCUUUGUGAUUUCGGAAGUGCUACAACAAAG